GUUGGGAGUAUGAACAGAAAUGAAACUUAAACUCUAGGAGGAAGUCCAAAAGGAAGGACACACACUCACACACACUGGGAGUAAAGAGAAACGGAGACAAACGCCUGUGAGGGAGUAUCUCAGUAACCCAAAGAUAUGGUCCCUACUUCAGCAUCACCCAGUGAGCCUGGCUUGCUGGUAAAGCACCUCCACUGCUCCAUCUGCAUGGACGAAUUUACAGAUCCUGUCACUACAGCUUGUGGUCACUCUUUCUGCAAGCAGUGUCUGGUCCGGAGCUGUAAUAUCGGUGACAGAGGGUGCCCGCUAUGCAACAAUCAUAUAAGCAGGAUUCCUGAUGUUAAUAUAGUCCUGAGAGACAUUGUUGAACAACUGAAAGAGAAAUACACUGGAGCUCCUGGGGAGGUGGCCUGUGAUGUUUGCAGUGACAAAAAGCUGAAGGCCAAGAAGUCCUGCCUUGUGUGUCUUGCAUCAUAUUGUUCAGUUCACCUGGACAAUCAUUUGUUAACAGAAAGGUUGAAGGGCCACAAGUUGAUUGAACCAGUGGAGAAUCUGGAUGCAAGGGCCUGCUUGAAGCAUGGACGCCCCUUGGAGCUGUACAGCAGGGAGCGGCGGGCAUGCAUUUGUGUUCUCUGCAUGGAAGGUCAGGAGGAGGUGGUCUCAACUGAAGAUGAAUGGAAGAAGAAAAGGUCUGAACUUGACAACACCAGGACAGAGUUAAAUGAGAACAUUGCUGAGAGAAUAACAAAGACUGCUGAGAUUGAGGAAGCUUUCAGGAGCUGCAAGGACCAGCUGGAAGACGAGUGGUGGGAUAUUGAUUCUGUGUUCAACGCUGUGAUCGCCAUUGUGGAAGAAGCCCAGGCAAGAGCCCGUCAGCCAAUAGAAGACAGGAUUCAGGUUUUGGAAAACGAAGCAAAAGAUCUUAAAUAUGAGUUGAAAGCAGAGAUCAACAAACUUGGAACGGCCAUCUCUGAACUAGAUGACAUUUCUGUGCUGGAGGACCACAUCCUUUUUCUGCAGAAGUACCCAUCUAUUACAGACACGGGAGACAUCAUAAACUGGGAAGAAGUAAACCUGGACACAUCUGUGUCCUUUGGCACCAUCAGGAAAAUCACAACAGUAAUGCUGGAAAAAGUUCAGCAAGAAAUGGAUAAACUAACUUCCAUUGAAUUGAGGAGAAUCCCAAAGUUUUCAGUGGAUGUAAAACUGGAUCCAGAUUCUGCACACCAACGCCUCGUGCUGUCUGAAGAUAGGAAGGAAGUGAAAGAUGGAGGAGAGAACCAGAAACUACCUGAAGUUCCUGAAAGAUUUGAUAUAUUUAGCAGCGUUGUGGCGCAAAAUACCUUAUCCUCUGGGAAGUCUUACUGGGAGGUGGAAGUCAACAACAAGACCGGGUGGGAUAUAGGCCUAGUAAGAGGCGGUGCAAACCGCAAAGGGAAGCUCAGACUCAGCCCAGAUAAUGGGUACUGGGUUAUUGUACAUUAUGAAGAAGAUAAGUAUGCAGCCCUCACUGCACCGCCAGUUCGUAUUCACCUAAAAGAUAAACCUGAGAAGGUGGGAGUGUUUGUGGACUACGAGGAAGAUCUCGUCUCCUUCUACGAUGUGAAGGCUGAGUCCCACAUCUACUCGUUCACUGAGUGUUCAUUCAAAGCUGAGCUUUACCCAUAUUUCAGUCCACACGUGAAACAAGAAGAGAAAAACUCUGAGCCUUUGAUUAUUUGUAGAGAGAUACCAGUGGAGUCAUAACAAGUGCAUUUUUACUACAAUAUACUAAAGUUUGUUGGUCCACAACCUUCCUGUUUUUCUUUUUCCAAUAGAGGAAGAAUGGGGAUUUUCAGGCAUUUCAUUUAACUUCGAUUUUUUUCAUAUAAAACUUUACGUUUAGUAGCUAGUAACAGACCAAUGAUAGUAGAGCAAGUACUGACCAUUUGUCUGUUCUCCAUUAUUUGCUUUAUUACUCAAAAGCCCUUUAAAGCAGUGCCAAAGAGAAGCCGUCUUUGUAACCCCUGGUUUAUUCCAAUUUACUAGUUGAGAUAAUCAGAAUCAUAACACAAAAUAAUGCUGCUACAGUGUACUCAUCCUGCUGUUCAACAUGGGAACAAGACUAAUGAGCCAGGACACAAACUCUUGAUGUAACUGUAAUUUACACAAGAAGCCUAAAAUACUGUCACGGUGCAGCUGUGUGACAGGCAGGAUGUAGACCCAAACGCAUGACUCAAACUCAAAUGGUUAACUGAGAGAGGCUACUUUAUUGCAGUGGAAAGAUUUCCACAACAACAUAAACUCGCAAAAAACAAAACCACACAAGAAACUAAGAACUAAUAACAAAGACUCUGGGAAACCUAGAAACUCAGAAGCAGAGAAGGAGGCACACAGCAUGGUAAAGGGACGACAAAAGAAAACAGUGCUUAUAUACACAGGGGAGUAAUCAGGGAAUGGAAAACAGGAGGGAGACACAGCUGUGAGAAAUUGGGGCUAAUGAGACGGGGAAGCAAAUGCACUCACAUGAGACAAGACCUUCAAAGUAAAACAGGAAACAAGAAACAAUUCACAAGGACGCUGACUUGACACUGAACUCAACAGACAGACUAACAAGCAGACACUAUGACAUCAUGGGCAGACAGAGAACACAGGGACGUGGGACCAGGUCAGGCACAGAACAGAAACCAAACAAAUGGCAAAUCUAAACAAAAGACAUAACUAGCAUAAACAAUAACAUACAAUAUAUAUUAAGGAAACACAAAACACUGAGUCGUUAGACUCAGGACCAUGACACAUACUGCGGUUAGUAAGAAGAGUGUGUUUUUUUACACCAUGUUGGAAUACCAAAUGGAUCCUAGAACUUUGUGAAUCCAUCAGAUACUAUUAGAAACUACACGUACUUGACAUUUUUUGUUUUCACUUUAUACUUUUAUUCAACAUUGUGACAGUUUUGCUUACUAGUUUGGCAUUUUUCCCAACAAAACUUAAUAGAUAACAUAUCCAAAGAUGAAACAAUUAAAAUUCUUAUAAAUUUAAUCCAGAAAGUUCUUUUUUUCUUGGAAAAAUUCUGAACAUUUAAUAGAUUUAGCUUUAGAUUCGUUUAUAAACAGAUAGUUGAUCAGUUGAAAAUGAAGUUAGCAAAUUAACUUGUAAUGUUUUGUUGUAGUCUUGAACACAACCUACCUCUAGCUUGAUCAGCUGCAACAGCAACAACAGUCUGCGUUUACGUGAAUGUAUGGGCAAUAAAGAUCAGCAAUAAAAUAUUGUGUUAUAGGGGGCUAUGAAAAAUAUAUACUUUAUAUUCCCAGUUUUUCAGUUUUGUACUCCACUUAAUUAUUUUGGGGUGGUUUGGGGUUGUUCUUUAGCACAGACUUGUAUCGUGUUUAAUUUUAUCUUAUUUUGAAGUUUUUCUUAUUGCAAACUAGUCUGUAUUUUUUAUGGCAAAGCGGUGACUGAGGUCAGUCAGGAACUUGAGAGAAUUAAAGUAGAGCACAGACAGUUCUUGUUACUGAGUCAAGGUCCAUAAUUAGUUGUGUCACCACCGUCCCAUAAAAAUACACACAAAUAUCAAAUGUAGAUUUUUCCAGUUUCAAGUUUUCCUAAAUCCACCACAGCCUCAGUGUACAGAACUAUGCAUCAUCUGAAAACAACACAGAAAAGUAAACUGCUUUCCUUUCCUUAUCUUGCGUUGCUUCCAAAAAAGUAGUCAAAUUUCAGGCUAAAUGAAUGACAUUCAGUGUUGUCAGAAAAUGUCAAACAGCAUGUAAGUGUUAAUGAAUAAAAUCCCUGAUUGAAAAUAUAA